AUGCUCCUCCACAUCCUCGGACAAGCCAAGAAGCAUCCCAGCUUGACCCCUCUCUUCCUAUUCGCUGGAGCAGGAGGCACUGGAGCGGCGCUGUGUGUGAUGCGCUUGGCACUGUUCAGUCCAGAGGUCAGCUGGGACAGGAAGAAGAACCCAGAGACUUGGGACAAACUGGGUCCCAAUGACCAAUACAAGUUCUACUCAGUGAACGUUGACUACAGCAAGCUGAAGAAAGAAGGUCCUGACUUCUAAACCAUGAAGUUCACCAUAAAACUGCUUAUAAUGAGGGUCUUUCAGAA